AUGCCUUCUCUUCCCAGUUCUGAUGAGCUCAUUUUUUUUGUGAAUGGAAAAAAGGUCAUAGAGAAGAAUGCUGAUCCUGAAGUGAAUCUGCUAUUCUACCUGAGGAAAGUGAUCCGCCUCACAGGCACCAAGUAUGGCUGUGGGGGAGGAGGCUGUGGCGCCUGCACCGUCAUGGUGUCGAGAUAUGAUCCCAAGACCAAGAAGAUCCAUCAUUAUCCAGUCACUGCGUGCCUGGUGCCCAUCUGCUCUCUGCAUGGGGCUGCGGUCACCACCGUGGAAGGGGUAGGAAGUAUCAAAACCAGGAUCCACCCUGUGCAGGAAAGACUCGCCAAAUGCCACGGCACGCAGUGUGGCUUCUGCAGCCCCGGGAUGGUGAUGUCCAUCUACACCCUGCUGAGGAACCAUGUGGAGCCGACCCCUGAGCAGAUAAUGGAAGCUCUUGGAGGUAAUUUGUGCCGCUGUACUGGAUACCGGCCAAUAAUAGAAAGUGCAAAAACUUUCAGUGUGGGAUCAACUGUUUGUCAAUUGAAAGGAUCAGGGAAAUGUUGCAUGGAUCAGGAAGAGAGGCCUUUUGAGGAGGAGCCGGAAAAAAUGUGUACCAAACUGUACAACGAAGAUGAAUUCCAGCCCUUGGAUCCAUCCCAGGAACCUAUAUUUCCACCUGAGCUAAUAAGAAUGGCAGAAGACCCAAACAAGAGAAGAUGGACAUUCCAAGGGGAGAAGACUACCUGGUAUACUCCUGUGACCCUGAGUGACCUUCUGGAGCUGAAAGCCAAUUUCCCCCAAGCCCCCAUCAUCAUGGGCAACACCACAGUGGGACCAAAUAUUAAAUUCAGAAAUGAAUUCCAUCCAGUUUUCAUAUCUCCACUCAGGCUUCCAGAGCUACAUUUUGUGAACACCACAAAUGACGGGGUGACAAUAGGCGCAGGAUACAGCCUGGCCCAGUUGAAUGAUGCCUUGCAAUUUAUUGUUUCGGACCAACCAAAGGAGAAGACAAAGACCUUCAGUGCCCUCCUGAAGCAUCUGAGAACACUUGCCGGAGCUCAGAUUAGGAAUAUGGCGACUUUUGGAGGACAUGUGGUGAGCAGACCUGAUUUUUCUGACCUAAAUCCUAUUUUAGCAGCAGGAAAUGCUGUCAUCAAUCUGGUAUCUAAAGAUGGAGAACGGCAAAUUCCUUUAGAUGGACCUUUCCUUGGCAAGUUACCAGAAGCCAACCUUAAGCCAGAGGAGAUUGUACUAUCUGUUUAUAUUCCCUACUCCACUCAGUGGCGCUUCAUGUCAGGGCUCCGGCUGGCCCAGCGUCAAGAGAAUGCCUUUGCCAUUGUCAAUGCUGGCAUGAGUGUGGAGUUUGAAGGUGGCACAGACACGAUCCAGGACCUUCAAAUGUUCUUUGGAAGUGUUGGCCCCACUGUGGUCUCUGCAAGCCAAACCUGCAAGCAGCUCAUUGGGAGGCAAUGGGAUGAUGAGAUGCUGAGUGAUGCGUGUCGAUUGGUCCUGGAUGAGAUUCACAUCCCGGCAGAUGCAGAGGGCGGCAUGGUAGAGUACAGGCGAACCCUCAUCAUCAGCUUACUCUUCAAAUUCUACCUCAAAGUUAGGCGAGGACUGAAUAAAAUGGAUCCCCAGAAGUUUCCUGAUAUCCCAGAAAAGUUCAUGAGUGCUCUGCAAGAUUUCCCCAUAGAAACACCCCAAGGAAUUCAGAUGUUCCAGUGUGUGGAUCCCUGCCAACCCCCACAAGAUCCAGUUGGCCACCCAAUGAUGCACCAGUCCGCCAUUAAACACACUACAGGGGAAGCUGUUUAUAUUGAUGACAUGCCGCCCGUUGAUGAAGAACUUUUCCUGGCUGUAGUCACUAGCACCAGAACUUAUGCAAAGAUCAUAGAAAUUGACACUUCAGAAGCCCUGGCACUUCCAGGUGUUGUUGAUGUGAUAACAGCAGAGGAUGUUCCAGGAGAAAAUAACCAUCACGGAGAGAUAUUCUAUGCACAGAAUGAGGUCAUUUGCGUGGGUCAGAUCGUCUGUACUGUGGCUGCUGAUACCUAUGCUCAUGCAAAGGAGGCUGCUAAAAAAGUCAAGAUCGCUUAUGAAGACAUUGAACCAAAGAUUAUCACAAUAGAGCAAGCCCUAGAGCACAAUUCAUUUCUUUGUCCUGAGAAAAAAAUUGAGAAAGGAGAUGUAGAGCAAGCCUUUAAAAAUGUUGAUCAAGUCAUUGAAGGUGAGGUCCAUGUGGAAGGACAGGAACAUUUUUACAUGGAGACCCAAUCUAUCCUGGCUAUCCCAAAACAAGAAGAUAAAGAAAUGGUUUUGCAUCUUGGAACACAGUUUCCAACCCACGUGCAGGAAUUUGUGUCUGCAGCACUAAAGGUCCCAAGGAAUAGAAUUGCCUGCCAUAUGAAAAGAGCUGGAGGAGCGUUUGGGGGGAAAGUGACCAAGCCUGCUCUGCUAGGAGCUGUCAGUGCCGUGGCCGCCAACAAGACAGGCCGCCCAAUCCGGUUUAUUCUCGAGCGUGGUGAUGACAUGCUGAUAACUGCUGGCCGACACCCACUCCUCGCAAAGUACAAAGUUGGAUUCAUGAACAAUGGUGUGAUCAAAGCGGCUGAUAUUGAAUAUUAUGUCAAUGGUGGAUGCACUCCUGAUGAGUCCGAGAUGGUGGUAGAGUUCAUUGUGCUGAAAUCUGAAAAUGCAUACGAUAUUCCUAAUUACCGAUGUCGUGGUAGAGCUUGCAAAACAUAUUUGCCAUCUAAUACCGCCUUUCGAGGAUUUGGCUUUCCCCAGGGUACAGUGGUACCUGAAGCUUAUGUCACUGCUGUGGCAUUUCAGUGUAACUUACUCCCUGAAGAGGUUAAAGAAAUAAACAUGUAUAAGAAAAUUAGCAAAACAGCCUUUAAGGAAACAUUUAAUCCAGAGCUCUUGCGAAGAUGCUGGAAAGAAUGUCUGGAGAAAUCUUCAUUCUAUAACAGGAAAUUGGCUGCUGAGGAAUUUAACAAAAAGAAUUUCUGGAAGAAGAAGGGGCUUGCUGUGGUCCCCAUGAAAUUUACAAUUGGGAUCCCCGUGACCUACUACAAUCAGGGUGCAGCUCUAGUCCACAUCUAUCUCGAUGGCUCUGUGUUGGUGAUUCAUGGUGGCUGCGAAUUGGGACAAGGCCUUUAUACCAAAAUGAUUCAGGUGGCCAGUCGGGAACUGAACAUCCCCACAUCUUAUAUACACUUGUCUGAGACAAGCACAGACACUGUGCCCAAUCCAGUCUUCACGGCGGGCUCAAUGGGGACAGAUAUCUUUGGAAAGGCCGUGCAGAAUGCCUGCCAAAUUCUUAUGUCCCGACUUGAGCCAGUCAUCAAGAAAAACCCUAAAGGAAAAUGGGAGGAGUGGAUUUCAAAAGCCUUUCAAGAAUCCAUCAAUCUCUCAGCCACUGGAUAUUUCAAAGGCUAUGAGACGUUUAUGGACUGGAAGAAGGAGGAAGGCAAGCCUUACCCAUACUGGGUUUAUGGAGCAUCCUGUUCUGAGGUUGAAAUUGACUGUUUGACUGGGGCUCAUAAGCUCCUUAGGACGGACAUCUUCAUGGAUGCUGCUUUCAGCAUAAACCCAGCCCUGGACAUUGGACAGGUUGAAGGAGCAUUUAUCCAAGGCAUGGGCUUAUAUACCAUAGAAGAACUGAAAUACUCCCCAGAAGGCGUGCUUUAUUCUCGGAGUCCAGAUGACUACAAAAUCCCCACCGUCACUGAAAUACCAGAAGAGUUCUAUGUCACUUUGGUGCAUUCCCGAAACCCCAUAGCCAUCUACUCGUCUAAGGGACUGGGUGAGGCCGGAAUGUUCUUGGGAUCCUCCGUGUUGUUCGCCAUCUAUGAUGCAGUGUCUGCUGCCCGCAGAGAAAGGGGGCUGACCAACACCUUCACCCUGAAUAGCCCCGCAACUCCUGAGUUGAUCAGGAUGACUUGUGUGGAUCAGUUUACUGACAUGAUCCCCAGAGAUGAUCCUUCAACAUUUACGCCUUGGUCCAUCCACGUGUCUUAA